AAAUUAUAUUAUUAUUGAAGCCAAUAACCAUAUACCCAAACCACCAUGAACUACCUACUACUUCUUCUACUUGCUUUCUUAGCUUGUGCAAGCAUUCAUGUUCUAAUAAUCUUCAUCUUAGGCACCAAAAAAUCCAAAUCCUCUAAGGAUCCACCAGGGCCUAACCCUUUUCCAAUCAUAGGAAACAUCUUAGAACUUGGUAACCAACCUCACCAAUCACUUGCUAAGCUUUCUCAAAAUUAUGGACCCAUAAUGAGCCUAAAUCUUGGUAGCAUAAAAACUAUAGUUAUAUCAUCACCAAAAUUAGCCAAAGAAAUUCUCCAUAAACAUGACCUAAUCCUCUCUAAUAGAACAAUCCCAGAUACUAUUAGAGCACUUGAUCAUCACAUAUUUUCAAUGGUGUGGAUGCCACCUACAAAUCAAUGGAGAAUUCUUAGGAGAGCUUGUGCUAACAAAGUGUUCUCACCCCAACUUCUUGAUUCUACACAAGUUCUUCGUCAAAAGAAGGUGCAAGAAUUGUUGGAUUUUGUGAGGGAAAAAAGUGAAAAAGGCGAAGCUUUAGAUAUCGGUGAAGCUACUUUUAUAACCGUGCUUAAUUCUAUAUCAAACACUUUUUUUUCUAUGGAUUUGGGUUAUUACAAUAGUUCUAAUAAGCCACAAGAGUUCAAGGACAUAUUUUUUGGUAUUAUGAAAGAAGCUGGAAGGCCUAAUGUUGUGGAUUUUUUCCCAAUGCUUCGCAUGCUUGAUCCACAAGGUGCACGUGCAAGGAUGAACAAUUAUUUUGGAAAGCUGAUUGAUUUUUUUGAUGGUCUUGUUGAAGAAAGGUUAAGAAGGGAAAGGAAAUUAUCUAAUGAUGUGUUAGAUUCUUUGUUGGAAGUCAUGAUGGAAGACAACUCACAAGUUACCCGCCCUCAUUUAUUGCAUUUAUUUUUGGAUUUAUUUGUGGCUGGAACAGACACAACAUCAAGUACAAUAGAAUGGGCAAUGUCAGAAUUGUUAUGCAACCCAGAAAAACUAGAAAAAGUUAGAAAAGAGCUUCAACAAGUGAUUGGCAAAGAUGAACAACAACAAUUUGAAGAAUCACAUAUCACAAAACUUCCUUACCUAAGAGCAGUGGUGAAGGAAACGUUUAGGUUGCACCCACCAAUCCCACUUUUGGUGCCACAUAAAUCAGAAGACAGUGUUGAAAUAUGUGGUUUCAUGGUACCUAAAGAUGCACAAAUUCUUGUUAAUGUUUGGGCUAUGGGAAGAGAUUCAAGUAUUUGGAGAAACCCAAAUGAAUUUUCACCUGAAAGAUUCUUGGAAAAUGAUGUUGAUUUUAAGGGCCAAGAUUUUGAGUUAAUUCCAUUUGGUGCUGGAAGAAGAAUUUGUCCUGGAUUACCAUUGGCUUCUAGAACCAUCCACAUUGUUUUAGCCUCUCUUCUAUAUAACUAUGAUUGGAAGCUUGCUAAUGGAAAAAAUAAAGAAGACAUUGACAUGACUGAGACAUAUGGGAUUACUCUACAUAAGGCUCAACCUCUUCAAGUUAUACCAAUCCAUGCAUAAUAAUUAUACAUGUAUUAAUAUUUAUAAUAUAUGAUGAUGAUGUAUCCUUCACAAAACUUAAUUGAUUUUCGUAAUAAUAAACUGUAUCUCAAAGUGUUGAGAUUUCAAGUUUCUGACAAGAA